AUGGUAGGAUUCAUACAAGAAAUUCACUCCCGAGACAACCAUGUGGUCAACAUGCUCGAUCUUUAUCGUCGACAGAACCCUCCCAUUUUUCAAGGGAAGCUUGGCACGGACCCCAGCGAAGGGGAAUUUUGGAUCGAGCAAACAGAGAAGCUAUUGGACCACCUGCACUGCAGAGAAGAAGAGAAGGUCAAUUGUGCCACCUUCAUGCUGCAAGAUGAAGCAGAUAGGUGGUGGAAGGGAGUUAAAAGGGCAAUGACCCCUCAGGCCAGGGCGCCCUACAUCACUUGGGAGCGAUUCAAGGAACUUUUCAAUGAGAAGUACUUUCCCUUGAAUUUAAGAAUGAAGAAAGAGAGAGAAUUCAUAGAGCUAAAACAAACCGGGGACAUGUCUGUUGCCCAGUACGAGGACGCUUUCAGCAGAUUAAUCAGGUACAUGCUUAUUUACGAAGAGGAUGAAAAAGUCAAAGCGCAGAAGUUUUUGGGAGGACUGAGUCUGAAGCUUCAGAGGGCAUUAAGUAGUAAAAAUACUCAAUCCUACUCAGAAGUGGUGCUGCAAGCUUUUACCACCGAGGCUAACCUAAGCCAAAUCGACGCUAUCCAAGGAGAAAGUCAACAAAAGAGCAGUCAUAAAACAGACAAGAAAUUGGAACUCCAAAGUAGCACCCUUUCUCGGGCAGUUCUAGGAGAGGGGGGUGUUACAAAAGAUGCCAGAAGCAGCACCAUGGGAAGCCGUGCCGACUUGGAACAAAGGAUUGUUACAAUUGUGGAGAAAUGGGUCACCUCAACCAAAACUGCCCAAAGAGAGGAAUUACCUGUUACAACUGCCAGCAGACAGGUCAUUUUGUAA